ACUUUGGAAGAAACCCAAACUCGACAUAAUAGACAGUUGAAAUUGGCAAACAGGGAAAAAGAACGAAAACUAAAAGAAAAGUAGGGCCGGGCGUGAAAGCAGAACGCACAGGGGUUUCCAUGUGAUUUCAGAAAACAGCGAAUGAUAAUAUUGAAGAAGACCAGCGGCAGCUGUUGACUUCCGUAGAAAUCUCAGAUACGGGGUUGCACCGGGUUUCUGGUAUCGAAUUGCAGCUCCAGUUAGGGUUUACUCCCAUUCUCGGAAGAGGUAAACCACUGUUCUAUUAUUACUUCUGAACUUUUAAGUCUUGUAAUCAUUUCGAGAUUUACGUUCAUCGAUUGAUUAUCUAGCUGCAUUAACUGCUAUAAUAUGCCUAACGUUUUAGGCUUCGAUAGUAAUAUUGUACUCUCUUGGGGUCUCACUUGCUCCUUCUAUUACAAUGAAAUGAAUGAAUUUUGUUUCUUGCGAGUUGUUUUCCUUUUCUUUUUUAAAUCACCAACUAAUAAGUUCGCUCUCUCCUUUUUUGGGUAUUUUAAUUGGUCCAGUUAUUUUCAAGUUGGAGUCAUGGAUUAAAUAUUUACUCCAUUCAUCCACCCAGUUUUUAAUUAUGUAUCCUAGUAUCCUUUUUCAAUGAUUUUCUUUCUUAAAAAAUGAUCUUCUUUCUUCCUUUUCUUCAGGUUUGGGUUUAUCUGCCGAUUGGGUAAUUGUGAUAUGGCUUAUUUCGUACAAACCUUUAUUUUAAGUUUUGAAUUGCUCGAUUGUUGUUUUGUACCGGUAGUACUUUGUGCUGAACAACAGGGUGACGUUGCUCUACAGAUUUUCCUUUUGCAAAUGAAAUAUUUUUUUAUUUGCCUCUGUUGGGUAUUGAAAUAUGGAUCUCUUCGGUGUUCAUACUUUUUUAUUCUCUAAUGAAGUUAUGGUUUAAGAAAGGCUAUUAUUCAAUUUAGACCUCCCCAUUACCUUCUUAGCUAGUGAGAAGAAUGCAAUCACCAUGUGUGAGUCAACCAUAUGCAAGUAGAAGUUUUUAACAUUACUAUUAAUCUUUAUAUGGUUAUAUUUGUAAAACCUCUACUGCUUAAUGCCCAUUCAAUGUAUAAUACUUUUGUUGAGGGGUGGGGAAGGUGAUAAGAACUUAAGUACUUAUUUGUGUUGAAUCCUGAUCGUGACUGUGCAGUAGGAGUUUCUCCAAAGGCUGUUCUCAGGGAUACAUAUGAAGUAUGGAGAUAACACGUGCAAGUGGUGCAACUAUUAGACUUUGUACCAAAAUGUAAAUUCCAGGACAAGUUUAAAAAGCCUUAAUUUUGUAAGGGGAACCACCAUCCUCUUCAAGAAUUGAAAUGUUGAUAUUAUUAAAACAUGAUAUAAUUUGCCACUAGAUUGAUAUGACUCAAUAACACCCAUAUUGGGUGUUGUGUUGUCAAUCGUUCGAUGUUAACAUCAUUACUAAGUCAGACUCUGAACCAUUUGUUGCAUGCAUUUCCAACAAUUUAUGCCAUAUGUAUUUUACCAUUAGAAUGCAUACUUACACAGUUAUGGCGGUACUCUAAUGUCAAAUAAAUGUGUAGUAUACCUACUGUUUGGGGUUCACAUUAAUUGGUGUAAUUUCAUGUGACAUAAAUGGAACUAGUAGUGAAUAACAUGCACCUCUAUGUAUCCAACUAGCUUCAUGUUCUUUUUCCCUACAAAAUGAGGUAUUGAUUGAUUUAAAACUAAGACAAAAUGAGGAAGAAAUCACAUUUAUAUUUGAAAUCCUUUAGAAGCAUUUGGCUGCCUUAACUAUUAAAUAUAGAACAUAAAGGCCAUCACACUUUGAGUUGAUCAUUACUGACCUGCAUAAGUCGUACACGGACACUUGUGCACUAAGAACUACUCCGUAUUAAACAGCACUUCAACUUUCUGGUAGAAGUAAGAGUCAAGCUUUCUUUUUCUUCCUUUUUUUCCUGGGGUUGGGCAUCUUUUGUUAUUUUCAUUUUCAUAUUCAAAAUUAUUCACUUUUGAUAAUUAUAUUUUGGCCUUCAGUAUUGCAGUGCGUUAAUUCUUGAUUUUAUUCUGCAGGGUAAGCAUAUGAUGUCAUAAAUAUUAUAUAUUAAUUAUGAAGACACUUGAGGACUUCUUUGAUUUGACCGAAAUUAAUAAUGGGCUUGAGACUCCUAUUCGGGUCAAGGAGCUUAUUGCUAUUAUACAAAAGGAAAAAGAUGGUGAUGCCAAUCGGAGUAUAGCUGAUGCAACUAAACAGUGGUCUGCUGUUGCGUGCACCAUAGCUGCAACUAAUAAUGAAGAUUGUCUUCAACUUUUUAUUCACUUAGAUGGUCUGAAUUUUAUUGACAGUUGGCUGAAGGACGUUCAGAAGUUUUCUAAUGACUCGAUUGAUGAUGAUGAUGAUGAUGAUGAUAAUAAUAAUAUUAGUUUCAGAAUAGAAGAGUCGAUCACUGAUUCACUUCGGGCAGUAGAGAAGUUGGUGCAUGUGUGCAACGAGGAAUCAGCUUCUUCUGGAAUCAGAAUAUCUGUUGAGAAGCUCCUUGGUCACAAGAGUUUAAAGGUGCAAGAGAUGGCAAAAGCUCUCAUUGAUAAAUGGAAGCAAGGUACAGUUUCUGUUUCCAUGGAUGUUGAACUUGUAAAUCUAGAAGAAAAAGGUUUGUCAGAAUCUUCAUGCGGGGUUGUUCGUCAUUCAGACGAAGGGUGCAAUGAACAUGAUAGAGACAAUCUUCUUCCUUCUUUGAGAUCUGAAGAAGCAUCUGAUAAAUCUUUAGAGUAUAAAAUAAUGCAAAAUGGGCCAUCCACUUAUGUGAACUCUCCUUCACUGACAAUGCAAAAUGGCGAUCUUCAUAAUGAGGAAGAAAGCACUAAGUUGAUGCAUCCAGAACAUGGCACUCUGAAUGAACAGGGUAAAAACAAUUCUAAUGAGGGUUUGAAGGGUAGACAGAAAACAGGCAGUUCAGAUACAUUAGAUGACACAGUUUUCUCAUCAGAUGCUGAAACAAAGGAUGCAAUGGGUAAAGGAAGUGAAUAUGGAAAUCAUUGCAGAAGCACAACGCCUGUGGUGAUUGAAGCUAAUGAAAGUUCCAAAAGAAGCAAUUUUGGAAGGGAGGAGUCUGAUGAGGAAGAUCAUAGUGGUUAUGAAAGUGAUGGUGAUCUUCCAUUUGGACAAUUUUACAUGGGGAAUAAAGAUGCUGCUGAUAUGAUUAGUAUCAAGAAAUCUAAUGAUCAUGAUUUGGGCUGCUGCGGCAUCAUGGAUCCAAUAGAGGUAGCUCUGCAAGUUGCCAUGGAAGUGGGGAGAGAGUUUGAGCACAGCUCUGUGAAAAAGACAGCCACAGUUCAUCAUGAGGAGACCACCAAUAGCAUUCCAACAUCAGAUUCUGAGAGUGAAAAACACGGCGAAACUAGUACUACUACUACAACUGAUUCCUCCUCAAACAAGGGGGAGGAGGCACAAAAGGUAAUUAUCUGUCCUCCUAUUUGUGAUAAUGAUGCUUCCCGGGCUGUUGGUGGGGGGGAUGUAAAUAUUUCAGCAGUCGAUAAAACACAAGACCUGAUGGAUUCUUCUCUGGUAACUAUUGGUGUGAAGGGUUCAUGUGAUUUUGAUUUAAAUCAAGAAGUGUUCACGGAAAAAGAUGCAGCGGAGCAGCAACAUAGCAACUGCCGCCUUGAUAUUGAUCUAAAUAUGUGUGAUGAAGACGCUGCUGUUGGAGGAGAAGCUAAGAGAUGUCUGGAUUUGAACACCAGAGAUGAAGAAGAUAAUAACAUGGCUGCUGCUGGGGAGGAGUCUUCUUCUGUAGAUGAAGCAGCGGGUGUUUCCAAAAUGCCUCUAAGGGGGGUUGAUGUUGAUCUUAACUGUGUAACCGAAGAAGCUCAUCCAACUGAUUGGAGGGGGAUGGAGAGACGACUGCUAUCUUCAUAUCCAAACAGUCUCCACCAAAGUCAAUCUCGUCCAUCUUCCUCAUCCUCAUUUCUUAACAUUGACCUAAACGACAAUCGGGGGUUUCUUCAUGAUUAUUCCUCAAAUCACUUGUCCAAUUUCACCAACCAUUCUCUACAUGCUGUGUCCAUCAUGGGCAUGAGAGUUGACUUGAACAAAAAAGAGUCUCUUGUACCAGGACAUCCAAAAAUGCCCUUGGACCCCGUUCAUAAUAGUGCUGAGGGGAUGGAAUCCCUGUUUGCAUACCCUCGCCCGGCCCCAGGUUAUAAAAAUAAUUACAACCGUAUAACAGCACCUGGACAUGCUUAUGGAUCGGUGGGCCAUGUUCCCUGCAUGGUUGAUUUUAGAGAAGUCCCAGUUACACCUCGCAUGGUGGGACCCACUUUGGCUAUGACUCAUGUUUUCCCUCAACUGCAACCGUAUGGGCAACCGAUAAUGACACCGCGAAGUGGUUUUGAUCUGAACAACAGUGGCUUGAUGAUUUCACCACCACCUCCUGAUGCCAGAGAAUUGAACCGACAAUAUUUGGACCCUCUUCUUCAGCCCAUCUCACAACCAUCAACAAGUUCCACUGUUGGUGAGAAACGGAGAGAGCCUGAGGGUGGGUGGGAGCCUUACCCUUGUAACUUUUUCAAUCGCCAUUGAAAUACAACUUUUUUGGUGGCUUUUUGGAUCACUUUUAAGAGAGUAUUUAUCAUUUAUUUGAUGGAGGCAAUCAGUUUUCUGAUGGUUAUAGCCAUAGAUGAUUAAUGAAGAAGAUAUGACAGCAGCCUUCUUAUACUGAUACAGGCAUACAGCUGUCGAAGGAAGUUAUAAAAGUUACAGUAUAACUUUCAUACUUAAGAUAGGGCAUUGAAUAAUAAAAGUUAUUUAUGUUAAACAUUUUUUCCUUCUGCGGCACUCAUUUAGAUUUUAGAUCAGUCAAAUUUAGAUACGCUAAUACUGUUGAAUGGUAAGAUUCAAGCUCAAUUGUGAGCUGUUGUUCUUUUAAACAAUCAUUUUGUCUUUUAAACAGAUAGGCGUUUUCUUCUUAAAACAAUUUGGGUUCAUGUUUUCUUCUUA